UGGACUGCAUCUUCUUCAGGGAUCUUCUGAGCUGUACUCUAGAUGUUUUUCCAAGCCACUGAGAAGACCCGGGAUGGCACGCUCAGGGGCAGGGCUCAUUGUCUUCUCCCUCCUGCAAACUGUCCUCUCUCUGAACCCCGAGGACCCCAACGUGUGCAGCCACUGGGAGAGCUACGCCGUGACUGUCCAAGAAUCAUACGCACACCCCUUUGACCAGAUCUACUACACACGAUGCACAGACAUCCUCAACUGGUUCAAGUGCACCAGGCACAGGAUCAGCUAUAAGACGGCGUAUCGGCGUGGCCUCCGGACCAUGUACCGGCGGAGGUCCCAGUGCUGCCCUGGCUACUACGAGAAUGGAGACUUCUGCAUACCCCUGUGUACGGAGGAGUGCGUGCACGGCCGCUGUGUUUCCCCCGACACCUGCCACUGUGAGCCUGGCUGGGGAGGACCCGACUGCUCCAGCGGCUGCGACAGCGACCACUGGGGCCCCCAUUGCAGCAACCGGUGCCAGUGCCAGAACGGCGCCCUGUGCAACCCCAUCACCGGCGCCUGCGUGUGUGCCCCUUGCCGCCACGGCGCCAGCUGUGACCCGCGCACCGGCGAGUGCCUCUGCGCUCCCGGCUACACGGGUGUCUACUGCGAGGAGCUGUGCCCACCUGGGAGCCACGGGGCUCACUGUGAGCUGCGCUGCCCCUGCCAGAAUGGGGGCACCUGCCACCACAUCACUGGAGAGUGUGCCUGCCCCCCAGGAUGGACGGGAGCAGUGUGUGCCCAGCCUUGCCCACCAGGGACGUUUGGCCAGAACUGCAGCCAGGACUGUCCUUGCCACCAUGGAGGACAGUGUGACCACGUGACUGGGCAGUGCCACUGCACAGCGGGAUACAUGGGGGACAGGUGCCAAGAGGAAUGCCCCUUCGGGACCUUCGGCUUCCAGUGCUCACAGCACUGCGACUGCCACAACGGGGGCCAGUGCUCACCCAGCACCGGUGCCUGCGAGUGUGAGCCGGGCUACAAAGGCCCACGCUGCCAGGAGCGGCUGUGCCCCGAGGGCCUGCACGGCCCAGGCUGCACCUUGCCCUGCCCCUGUGAUGCUGACAACACCAUCAGCUGCCACCCAGUAACUGGAGCGUGCACCUGCCAGCCCGGCUGGUCUGGCCACCACUGCAACGAGUCCUGCCCCGCUGGCUACUAUGGCGACGGCUGCCAGCUGCCUUGCGCCUGUCAGAAUGGCGCCGACUGCCACAGCAUCACUGGGAGCUGCACCUGUGCCCCAGGCUUCAUGGGAGAGGUCUGUGCAGUUCCCUGUGCAGCAGGGACCUACGGCCCCAACUGUUCAUCUGUUUGUAGCUGUAACAACGGUGGCACCUGCUCCCCAGUAGACGGCUCCUGUACCUGCAAGGAAGGGUGGCAGGGCCUCGACUGCACCCUGCCCUGUCCCGGCGGGACAUGGGGUCUGAACUGCAACGAGAGCUGCACCUGCGCCAACGGGGCGGCCUGCAGCCCCACAGACGGCGCCUGCGCCUGCACCCCCGGCUGGCUGGGAGACACCUGUGAGCUGCCCUGCCCGGAUGGCACAUUUGGGCCAAACUGCAGUGAGCGCUGUGACUGCAGCCACGCCGAUGGCUGCGAUCCUGUGACCGGCCACUGCUGCUGCCUGGCGGGAUGGACAGGCAUCCGCUGUGACAGCACGUGUCCACCUGGUCGCUGGGGCCCCAACUGCUCCGUCUCCUGCAGCUGCGAGAACGGCGGCUCCUGCUCCCCAGAGGAUGGGAGCUGCGAGUGUGCCCCUGGCUUCCGAGGACCCUUAUGCCAGAGAAUCUGCCCCCCUGGGUUCUAUGGCCACAGCUGCGCCCAGCCGUGCCCCCUCUGCGUGCACAGCAGCGGGCCCUGCCACCACGUCAGCGGCGUCUGUGAGUGCCUCCCCGGAUUCUCCGGAGCCCUGUGCAACCAAGUAUGUGCUGGAGGGCGCUUUGGGCAGGACUGUGCCCAGCUCUGCUCCUGUGCCAACAAUGGGACCUGCAGCCCCAUCGAUGGCUCCUGCCAGUGCUUCCCUGGAUGGAUUGGCAAGGACUGCUCACAGGCUUGCCCACCUGGGUUCUGGGGCCCUGCCUGCUUCCACACAUGCAGUUGCCACAACGGGGCGCGCUGCAGCGCGGAGGAUGGGGCCUGCCACUGCACCCCAGGCUGGACCGGACUCUUCUGCACGCAGCGCUGCCCAGCAGCAUUUUAUGGGAAGGACUGUGGGCGCGUGUGCCAGUGUCAGAAUGGUGCCAGCUGUGACCACAUCAGCGGCAAGUGCACCUGCCGCACAGGCUUCACCGGGAAACACUGCGAGCAGAGAUGUGCCCCAGGAACCUUUGGCUAUGGCUGUCAGCAGCUAUGUGAGUGCAUGAACAAUGCGACCUGUGACCACGUCACUGGCACCUGUUAUUGCAGCUCUGGAUUCAAAGGAAUCAGGUGUGACCAAGCCGCCCUCAUGAUGGAGGAGCUGAAUCCCUACACCAAGAUCAGCCCAGCGCUGGGUGCAGAGCGGCACUCGGUGGGUGCUGUCACAGGCAUUGUCCUCCUGUUGUUCCUCAUUGUGAUGCUGCUGGGCCUUUUUGCCUGGCGCCGACGCCGGCAGAAAGAGAAGGACCGCGACCUGGCUCCCCGCGUCUCCUACACACCUGCCAUGAGGAUGACCAGCACUGACUACUCCCUCUCAGGUGCUUGUGGAAUGGAUAGACGUCAAAACACAUACAUUAUGGACAAAGGCUUCAAAGAUUACAUGAAAGAAUCCGUGUGCAGUUCUAGCACUUGUUCCUUGAACAGCAGUGAAAACCCUUACGCCACAAUUAAGGACCCACCCAUCCUCAGCUGCAAGCUUCCAGAAAGCAGCUAUGUAGAAAUGAAGUCACCUGUGCACAGGGGGUCUCCGUACACAGAUGUGCCAUCCUUGUCGACAUCUAAUAAAAAUAUAUAUGAAGUUGAGCCCACAGUCAGUGUGGUCCAAGAAGGCCGUGGUCCCAACUCCAGCUAUUUCCAGAAUCCAUACGACCUACCUAGGAACAGCCAUAUUCCUGGUCAUUAUGACCUCCUCCCAGAAAGACUGAGUCCUGCCAAUGAGCCCUCCCAGGACAAGCAGUCUUAAGAGGGAUAAGCUUCUCUCUUGCAAUGUGCUCUGCUGAAUAUUCUCUGACUCUGAAAGAAGACAAUCCCCUGACCUGAAAUAAUGGUACAGACUGACUUCAGCUGCGUGUUAGUUAUUACUUUCACCUGGAACUAAAGAAGAGCUUCCAAGUGGGACUGGGGUAAUUGCUCAAAAGGUCUGUUUGCAAAGGUAAAUCCUAUCACCCACCCAACCCCCAAUGGAUUACAUGAUCUUUUAAAACAUUUAAGAUACAGCUACUCAUCAACAUCAGCUAAAUAUAGCUAACUAUAUUUAUUUAUAUAUUUAAUUAUCUGAAACAUGAUGCUUAAAGAGCAUGUAGAAUAGGUUUUAUAAACCUUCCUAGGAGGAAAGGGGGACUGGGGAGGGGAGAGGAUUAAUUUAAAAUACCUAAAAUGUACUAGUAUAUGUACUUUUGGUUGCUGUUACCAUCAACAUCUGUUUGAUUACCUAAGAUAAUUAGUACAUAGACAAAAAACUGUGCUAAUAUCAAUCCUAAAGUACCUGUACAUAUAUGUCUGGUCUAUCAAAUUACAAUGGCCAAGAUUACAGAUUAUUAUGUAGUCUAAUGCUAACAACUUCAAUUUUUUAAAAUAAGAUUUAAAUAAACACAAAUUAUGUGUAGCACUGAACCUGGCUUAACAUCUCA